AGUUGCUUCCCGUCACCCUUGAUCCUGGAGCCGAGCUGAUUUCCGGCGGGACGGAUGGGAUGAUUAGAAAACAAGCUGCGAUCAACAUGGCCAUCAAAUCAACGAUGCACCCACAACCACGGUACCUAGCAUCCGCAUGACAAAAUCUGACAGCCAUGGCACUGACGUUCUCGCUCAGAACCAUACCCGUACCCCGCAAACAAGUCAAGCCUGCGGUACGUACUUGCACUUGAAACCGGGUGAGCAAGUCCAUCUAUCCGGGAGCAGAAUCUUCAAGUGCUUACCCCGUAAGCACUGCAUGGCAUGUGGCUUGCAGGAACGCGCCCAACGUGUCCUCGCUCCACCUGGCCGUCCCUCUCGAGUCUCCCGCAAGUUCUCCAGGAACGAUUUUUCACCCGGAGACUUGACAGAUGGGCUGCGGGGGCUCAGAGAUUGCUUUGUGGGGGGGAUCGCCAUUCAUCCAGGGCCCAUGCAGCCAGUCCGGCAUUGGAACCUCAACCCCUGCCGCGCUUCGGAUGGGGCAGUUGCAAGCUGCUACGUCAGUCGAGCCGUCUUGAAAGUUCUUGCUGUUCACAUGAUAUUGAUUGUAAAUUGACUGCAGAUGUGAUUCAAGACCACCACGGGAAACGGCUUUCUUGGCAAGCCGCUUGCAAGGACGUCUUCGGACCGACAGGAAGAAGGUGGAAGUGACGCCCAGACAGCGGCUUGUUCUUCUUUCAUUGCGACUGCUUUCAUUGCAACUGUGAUAGGAGGUCUGAUCCAGCCUUUCUUCUUCUCCGGCCCUUUACUGAAACAUGCUGGACAACUUCUUAACGGGCCAGGCACGGGCGUCUCGGAGCUUUUCCACCACGCCUCGCAACGCAAGCCGCUCGUAAUGGUCGAGGAUCAUCUGUCUAACC